UGUCUUUGCCUGUGAAGGCAGUUAGAAGUUGAGGUUGUCUUCAGUAGGAAUCAAACUCGGGGCUGCUCCCAAACAUCGUUCACGUGGACUUUUUUUUUACCACCCAACCAAACAUGGAGCGAGCACGCCUGCCGCCUCGGAUCACCAACGUUCCUCAGGUGUGAGAGAGAAAAACGGAAAAUAUUCCAAGAUCUGAUAUCAGGAUCCGAAAGCUAUUCCCAAAAAUGGCCUCAUCGGCAGCAACCCUGCUAGCUUUAGCGACAAUCCUGCUAAGCGUCACGCAAUGUCAAAGUGUGGUGGCGAAGCUAAAAGCCCGCCCCCCGCUGAGAUUCACGCACCAUCUUUACAACGUCACCAUCAACGAGAACUCCCCGCCGCGCACCUACGUGGCGACGCCGGUGAAGAUGGGAAUCGAGAUGGCAGAUCGAUUUUGGCAAAUCAAAUAUUCGCUCGUUUCCGGGGAUGACGCUGACCUUUUUCAAGCGGAGGAAGUCAAAGUCGGCGAUUUUUGUUUCCUGAGGCUAAAAACUCGAGGAAGCAUCUCCGCACCGCUCAACCGAGAAGUCAGGGACAUGUACACGCUAACCGUGGAGGCCACGGAAAGGACUUCGGAAUUCCAAGCCAAGACUAAAGUGUUUGUUCGGGUUGUUGACACCAACGACCUUAAACCGCUUUUCUACCCCGCUUCGUACAACGUCGCCAUCAACGAAGACGCUCCAUUGCAGUCUAGCGUCGCUAAGGUUAGCGCUACGGACGGCGAUAUCGGCAGCAACGCCGACUUUUAUUAUUCCUUCACCGUCAGAUCUCAUCCGUUUGUCGUCGAUCCUUUCAGCGGCGCCAUUAGCCUCUUCAGGAAACUCAACUUCACCCGCACGAAUAGAUACGAUCUCACGGUUUUAGCCGAGGACCGAACCAAAAAAAUAUCCGGUGUUCAGAAAUUCGGGAACGUCGCCAAGGUUACCGUGAAAGUUCAAAAAUCCGCUAUGUUGUCUCCGGUUAUUAAGUCUCCGUCUGCGCCUUCGGUAUCCGCAGACGGUACGGUCACUAUCAGCGUCCACGUCCAAGCGGGACUUAAACCCGUCGAAUCGUUAAGCGUCAUUGACGGUGAUCCUCAUCGAUACUUUGAAGUAAUCCCUUUGGGAUCACAGGGGAACCACUUCCAAGUGGUCUCAACCAAAAACAUAAUCUGGUCGCAAAGUCCAUUUGGACUUAAUCUGUCCCUUCAAGCUAAAGACAGAAGUUCUCCGAGUUUGCUAUCUCCUGUUGCAAAAAUCCACAUUCCGACUUUUAAUUACAUUCCGAUAGCAUUCCUAGAAGACACCUACAUUGUCCGUCUCAGUGAGAUUUCCCCGCCGAAAACAUUUGUCGUGAAAGUUUCAGUCAACCGCGACGACGUGACUUAUAGCAUCAAAAGUAAUCCAGAUACCUCGAAAUUCAAGAUCAACCCCAAAACCGGAGUCAUAACAACCAGGGAGUCGUUCGAUUACGAGAGUCAGAUUCGUUAUGAGUUCGAUGUAAUGGCGAAUGAAGGCGAAGCCGAGACUCACGUCGUGGUUGAGAUCACCGACGAAAACGACAACAACCCGAACUUUAAGAUGACUUCCUAUCGCGCGACGGUGGACGAAAACAUCGCGGUCGGUAGCAGUAUUUUAAAAAUAGAAGCCACCGACAACGACGGAGCGGAAAAUGGAUUCGUAACGUAUUCGAUUUCCAACUCAGACGUCUUGCCUUUUAUAAUAGACCCGUUCACCGGUGUUAUCUCGACAUCGGAAUACUUGGAUUACGAAUUGAUGAAACGUUGGUACCAUUUAAGAGUCUGGGCGUCAGACAGCGGCGAACCGUUCAACCGGGUCAGCGAAUGCCCCGUAACGAUUACGAUUAACAACAUAAACGAUAACAUUCCUCGAUUUGAGAGAAUCGACUGCAACAUCACUAUACCUCCGGAUCUCGAAGUCGGUAACAGCAUCGUUGAACUCUCCGCUAUCGAUUUAGACGAACUGCAACAGCUGAGCUACGUCAUCGAAUCCGGCAACGAGCUCCAAAUGUUUGGUAUUGAUUCCGCAUCGGGGGAGGUCACCCUUAAGCAAGGCAUCCCACCGGGAGUAAAUUCAUUCAAUUUAGGAGUUGUGGCCUCAGACGGAGAGAAUCACUCCGAGGAAACCGUUGUCAGGGUAACGGUUACCAGCAGAGGCGAUGAGACAACAAUUCGCUGUCGGGAAACGGGUAUUUUCAAACAGAUCAAAGAUAAACUGAUAGAGUCCAUUAAGCCGAUUUGGACCGACACCGACGAAGACAUCUUCUCAGGAACUCACAUCACUAACAGUCACUCACCUAAGUUUGAUCCCGGUAUUCCCAGUUCAAUUGAUAUUCCGGAGAACCAACCGCUGGAAUCCGCGAUACUUCAAUUCAAGGCCUCGGACCACGACACGGGUUUUAAUGGCAUGCUCGUUUAUGGCAUCUCAAGCGGGAAUGACGAAGGGUGUUUCUCCGUUGACACCGUCUCCGGAGAUCUCCGUCUUCUGUGUCCGCUGGACAGGGAAUCUAAGGAGUUCUACAUCUUGAAUAUAACCGUGUAUGACUUGGGAACGCCGCAAAAAUCUGCGUGGAAGUUGCUAGCGGUGAACGUGCUCGAUAUCAAUGAUAACGCUCCUACGUUCGAUCAACCCAGAUAUGUGGUACGCAUCCCCGAGAACACAGAACUGGACUCGGUUGUUUUUACAGCUCGAGCUACAGAUCCGGAUGCGGACUCAAGCGGGAACGUCAAUUACUCACUUCUAACUUCUAAUGACAUGUUUCGGAUCGAUGAAGUGAGCGGCGAGGUGAUAGUGACGGCUCAUUUGGAUCGAGAAACUUCGCCGAGACACGACCUCUGGAUUGAAGCCAGGGAUCAAUCCCGACUCGAUGCCUCGAUGUCCUCCAGUCUUCACCUUGUGGUGGUGCUACAGGACGUCAAUGAUAAUCCGCCGACGUUUGUACCAAAGAUCUACAAAGUCAAAGUUCCUGAGGAUGUCCCGGUUGGGACCUUACUGGUCUGGGUUGAGAGUGUGGACUUAGAUGUUGGUAGUGGCGGUCUAGUGACGUACAAUCUAAAGAAUACAGAGAGUGGGAUCUUCCAACUUGAUGCAUCCACCGGUGCCUUGACACUCGAGAAGGAACUGGACUUUGAAAGGCGUCCUUCUUAUAAUCUCACAAUCCGGGCAGUGGACCACGGUCUUCCAAGAUCCCUGUCGUCAUCGUGUUUUGUUGAGAUUGAGGUUUUGGAUGUGAAUGAGAAUCUCCAUGAGCCGAUCUUCACCGAGUUUGUGUACGAGACCGGAGUGGAAGAAGACGCGGCUGUAGGGACGUCGGUGCUGACCGUGACGGCUUCGGACAAAGACCUCGGUAGAGAUGGAGUCAUCAGGUACCACAUCCAUGACGGUUCCGGUCUGGGAGUGUUCGCCAUUGAUGAGGAAACAGGAGUGAUCCGAACGUCUCAGAAGAUGGAUCGGGAGAAAGUUCCUCACUACUGGCUUUCUGUCUAUGUCACGGACCUGGGAACCGAACCUCUGUCCUCGUGGACGCAUGUCUACUUGGACGUCCUGGACGUCAACGAUAACGCUCCAGAGCUUUCCCAGCCGGUGUACUUUGCAUCCGUCCGGGAGAACUUGGGAGCGGUCAAGUCCGUCAUCCAGGUCUCGGCCACUGAUGCGGACGCGUCGUCUGAGGAUAAACUUUCCUUCCAGAUACCGGAAUCUCAUCAGACGUACUUUGGCAUCGAUGCCCAAACAGGUGUUAUCAGCACUCUUGCAGCGUUGGAUCGUGAGGACAAACCUGAACACAGCAUUGAGGUCAUCGUUUCAGACAACGGCUCUCCGCCAUUGCGGUCCACCGCCACCGUGGUCAUCAGCGUCCUGGACGACAACGACAACCGGCCAAAAUUUACCGACAAACUCUUCCACGUUAAAUUACCCGCUCAGCGUCACGCAGCCGGGAUGCGAGAAGUCUGCAGAAUGGUCGCCGAGGACGACGACGAUGGUUCCAACGCCCAAGUCGCUUAUAAAUUACAAGACGGGCAGGACGACAGAUUCGAUGUUGACUCGUUGACCGGAGUGGUGACGUCGUGGGGUGAUUUCUGGCCUGGGAACUACACCAUUCUUACGAUAAAAGCUACGGAUCAGGGCAGCCCAUCGCAGUCGUCCACGGCCAGGCUGGACAUCGAGUGGGUGGAGCCUCCGCCUCCCUCCGCGGACCCCAUCACCUUCGAGGAGCCCCAUUUUACUUUCGCCGUUAUGGAGACGGAGCCUGUGACGCACAUGGUGGGCAUCAUCAUGACGGAGACGUAUCGGCUGAGGUGGUUCCACAUCACAGGCGGUGAUGAGGAAAAAGACUUUGACAUCCAGAGGAACUCCGGAACCAUCUACAUCGCCCGCCGCCUGGACGCCGCCCGGCGCUCCAACUACAACUUGACGGUGCAGGUCACCGAUGGCCACCACAGCGCCACCGUGCAGGCUUACAUCCGAGUGCUGGACAUCAACGAGCAUCGGCCUGUCUUUCUCAAGCCCCUUUAUGAGGUGAGGGUCCCCGAGGACACCUCGCCGUGGAAGGAUGUCCUUCAGUUGGCGGCGGAGGACGCCGACGCCAACAGCAAGUUGGUGUUCUCCAUCCACAGCAGCCUUCACCCUCAAAGCACCAAGUUGUUCCACUUGGACCCAAAAAGCGCCAUCUUGGUGACGACGGAAGAGCUGGACUACGAGACCAUAUCUGUACACACGCUCAUCGUCAUGGUGCGCGACCAGGAAAUCCCAGUAAAAAGGAAUUUUGUGAAAGUGAUCGUUCACGUGGAGGACUGUAACGACCACGCGCCCGCGUUCCUCAGCCCCCGCUACCAGGCCACCAUCUCCAACCUGGCUCCCUCGGGUUCCGAGGUCGUACGGGUGAAGGCCCUGGACGGCGAUAUCGGCAGCAACGCCGCCAUCGCUUAUUCUCUGCAUUCCGGCAACAUCAACAACAUGUUCUCUAUAGAUCAAGUCCUCGGCUCCAUCACUGUCUCCAAACCUGAGGACCUCCAGCAUCAGGACCAGUACCACCUCACAGUCAAAGCGACCGACCAGGGCUUCCCUCAACGUAGCGACAUCUGCUCCAUCCACGUCUACAUCCACAUCUCGGACCACACCCCGCCCACUUUUCCGUCAGAUGAAUAUUUAGCGGAAAUCAGCGAGCUCAGCAACUUGGGAACGUCGGUGCUCACCAUAUUUGCCGCCAGCCCGGCCGCGGUGCAUUAUGGGAUUGAAAGCGGGGAUCCAGAGAAAGUGUUUCAUAUGAACCGAUACACUGGUUUGAUAUCCAUUCAAAGGCACCUUGACUUUGAGAAGUGUUCCUCAUACCAGCUGAAGGUUUCAGCUUCCACCAGUUCCGGUUCUUCGUCCGUGACGGUUGUUUACGUGUACGUUUUUGACGAGAACGACAACGCGCCCGUUUUUGGGCGCCGGGAGUACAUGGGGUUUAUAAGCGAGGCAGCACAUAUCAGUAGCAUGGUUCUCGAGGACCUGAACGCACCUCUGGUGAUCCAAGCUUCAGAUCUAGACCAAGAUGAAAAUGCUCUACUGGUGUAUCAGAUCAUGGAAGAAGACGCCACGAAAGUGUUCAAGAUCGACGCCAACAUGGGAACCAUCUCAUUAGUUGCUCCACUCGACUUUGAAACCGAGACUGAAUAUCGUUUCAGUGUUCAGGUGAAGGACUCCGGGGAACCGUCGCUGCAUGCAGAAGAACCGGUCAAGGUCAUCGUAAAAGUUCUGGACCUGAACGACUCCCCGCCGCAAUUCAACACCGCCACUUACGAGCAAUCUAUCAUAUUCCCGCCGGUCCCAGAUACAGAGGUGGUACGCGUCUCGGCUCGUGACGCCGACUCGUCAGUGUCGUACAGUAUCACGGAAGGGAACUUGAACAACGGUUUUUCCAUCCAUCCCACCACCGGAGUCAUAACUGUUGGGAAUGUGACUGAUUUUAAACCCUUUUACCAACUGAUUAUUCGAGCUUCCGAUGGUCUUCAGAAGGACUCGGCUAUCGUCAGGGUGAACGUAACCAACGUAACCGAAAGCGGUCUCGGAUUUGAGCGAAAAACGUACUCGGUUAGCGUUUCCGAGAAUCUAACCAAAGUCAAAACGUUAGCCGCACUGAAACCGACUGGCUGUUCUUUGAACGAGCCUUUGUUGUAUUCCGUUUUGAACCCAACGGAUAAGUUUGAAAUUUCCCGUACUUCCGGAAUCAUGCGAACUACAGGGGUGCCUUUUGACCGGGAACACAAAGACGUGUACGAUGUCGUGGUGAUGCUACGAGAUACCAGGGUUCCGCCAAGAACUGCCACCGCUUCGGUCAAAGUAUUUAUCGACGACGUCAACGACAAUCCGCCUCAGUUUCUGAACCUGCCUUUUUCCAUGAUGAUAUCCGAAGACGCGGAACCAGGAGAUGUUCUAUAUCAGGCGACCGCGACUGAUAAAGAUCUGGGCGAAAACGGAUCCGUUGUGUACUCGCUGGAAGAGGAUUACGGACUCUUCAGGAUUGAUCCGGAUAUCGGUGAUAUUUCCCUGCAAAGACCUCUUGAUUUCGAAGUUCUGAAUAAGUACGUAUUAACGGUUCUCGCCAUCGACGAGGGCGACCCAAGUCACAUGACCGAAGCACAGCUCAGUAUUCAAGUUCGGAACAGAUCGAAUCCGGUUUUCCAAACUCUUUUGUAUCCACUGAAGGUUCCUGAAAACGUUCCUCCAUUCACAACCAUCUUACACGUUCAGGCCAGGAACCCUGAAGGCUACCGGCUGAUUUACAACCUAAUGGAGGAAAACGCCUCAAAACAUUUUCAUAUCGAUUUCAAAACCGGCGCUCUGACUGUCGUUAACGAUCUGGAUUACGAAAGCCAGAUUCUGCACGUUCUGACCGUACGAGCGACUGAUUCCGUAACCGGAGCGUUUUCCGAGGCUUCAAUCGAGGUCGAAGUUGAAGAUGUAAACGACAAUGCACCGUUUUUCUCGCAGAGGAAAUACACUGCCAAUAUCGCAGAAGGACUUCCUGUCGGUUCCUCGGUUCUGCGGCUUUCAGCCUCGGAUUUGGACUCCGGUAUAAAUCAGGAUAUGACUUUCCAGAUUGUGAGAAUAGAAGGCAGCGAAACAGAGUUCUUCGGUGUAGACCGUCACAGUGGACUCAUCUUCACCAAACAGGUUCUGGACCACGAAAGCACGAGUCACUUCCAGUUGAAAGUCAAGGUUGUGGACAACGGAACCGUUCCGCUCAGCGGCGAAGCUUACGUUUUUUUAAACAUCACCGACGUCAACGACAAUCCGCCGCAUUUUGUAAACUCGCAUUUCGAAGCCACGUUGGAUGAAACCGCAAAAUGCGGCCAUAUUGUCAUCAAAAUCCAAGCGUCUGAUCCCGAUGUCAGCGACGCCAAUCAUCUCAAAUAUAAAAUCCUCUCAGGAAAUGAAGGUCGUUACUUCAAUAUCAACGAAUCCUCAGGGAUAAUCUCCUUCUCGAAUGUUUGCCGGAAAAACCUCGACGCGUACUACAACCUGACGGUGGCGGUCUCGGACGGCGUCUUCCAGAAGAGCGCACCGGUCAACAUCGAUAUGAUAAACAGCAACCGACACAGUCCUUAUUUCAAACAAAACAUCUACGAAGCCGAACUAGCGGAGAACUCCGAAGCUGGUACCCGUGUGAUCCGCCUUGCCGCCAUCGACCCUGACGACGGUCCCUACGGAAGCGUUGACUACACCAUCAUUAACAAGCUCGCAGAUGAAAAGUUCGCCAUUGACGAUAACGGACAAAUCGUUACGACCGAACCGCUAGAUCGGGAAAACCCCGACCAGAGAGUCAUCGCUAUUAAGGUGAUGGCGAAAGACGGCGGCGGGAAAGUGGCUUUUUGUACGGUGAAGAUAAUUCUCACCGACGACAACGACAACGUUCCGCAGUUCAAAGCUUCGGAGUAUCAAGUCGCCAUUCAGUCAACCGUCAACAAAGGAUCGCCCGUGAUUCAGAUCAUCGCUUACGAUGCGGACAACGGAAAAAACGCCGACAUCACCUACACCGUCGAUGAGGCGGAAGACGUAACGGAGGACAUCAUCGAGAUCAACCCGUUCACCGGCGUCGUUAGCGUCAAAGAAAGCCUCGUCGGCAUGGAGAACAGGAUCUUCAACUUCAAAGUAAAAGCUCGCGAUGGAAGCCUACCGUUCUAUAACUCCACCGUUCCCGUCCAGGUUAAAGUCCUUCCUCCGGAGGUUCCUCUACCAAAAUUCUCAGAACCGCUCUACACCUUCUCAGCCGCUGAGGACAUUCCCGUCGGUACGGAGAUUGGUUCCGUGAAAGCGGAAUCGGAUAUGCCGCUCAUUUAUAGUCUGGUCAACGGGAACACGGUUGAAAGCAAUAAAGACAAGGUCUUCAGUUUGGACAAGGAAAGCGGGACUUUGCUUCUUCAGAAGAACAUAGACCACGAAAAAACAAAAUGGUACCAGAUAGAUGUUCUGGCGCAGGGGAACCACAACGGAACCGACGUGGCGUCGCUGGUGUCAGUCAAUAUCCAAGUCCAGGAUGUCAAUGACAACCAGCCGGUUUUUGAUGCAAACCCUUACAGGGCCUACCUGGCGGAGAACAUGCCUGCUGGAACCACCGUCAUCCAGGUGACCGCCAAUGACCCAGACACGGACACCAACGGUCUGGUGACCUACAGCCUGGAGGAUCUACUUGACGACACCACGUCCAACAUCACCGAGAUGUUCUCCAUCGACGGCGACACAGGCUGGAUCGUUACAGUCCGUGAGGCCGACUGCGAAUCCUCAAGGGUCUACCGAUUCAACGUGCUCGCCACCGACCACGGCGGCGACGCCAAGCUGUCGUCAAGUGUCCUGGUGGAAGUGACGGUGACGGACGAGAACGAUAAUCCGCCGAGGUUCUCCGAGGAUGCGUACCGUGGAUCGGUGGUGGAGAACAGCCGACCCGGGGAGGUCAUCGUGUCCAUGACGACCACGGAUGAAGACUUCUCGUUGGAGAACCGCCUCGUGACAUGUUACAUCACAGAUGGAGACCCGCUGGGCCAGUUCGCUAUCAUCCAUCAGGACGAGGGCGAGUGGGGAUUGAUCGCCAAGGAGCCUCUGGACCGUGAGGCCACAGACGGAUACGCGUUGAGGAUCACUGCCACCGACGGGAAGUUCCAGACCCCAGUGAGGGUGGACGUGCACGUGUUGGACGUCAACGAUAACAGUCCUCAGUGUGAACAGUUGAUCUACACGGAGACGCUGAUGGAGAAUUCUCCCCCCGCCAUGUUUGUUCUGAGGGUCUCGGCAUCAGACGCGGACUCCGCCGCUAACGGACAGAUCUCUUUUAGCCUGCACGGCCCCGACGCAGACAAGUUCCGUCUGGACCCGAGGACAGGGGAGCUGUUCACCCUAGCGGUGCUGGACAGGGAGACGGUAUCCGAGUACACCCUGGCGGCGACGGCGACGGACGGCGGCGGCCAUUCCUGCCAGACGGACAUCCGAUUGAGAAUCCAGGACAUGAACGACAACCCUCCUCGCUUUUCGUCCAGCCGCUACGAGGUCACCGUGUUCGACAACACGACCGUACGCACGCCUAUCGCCGCAGUCUACGCCAAAGACGCGGACGCAGGUAUCAACGCGGAGGUACGGUACUCCAUCCUGGCCGGCGACGCCGGCUACUUCUCUUUGGACGAGUUUUCCGGCAUCCUGCGACUGGAGCGGCCCUUGGCCCCUGACACGCCGCCCAGUUUGGAGCUGAAGGUGAAGGCCACUGACCGAGGCCUCCCUCGACAGCUUCACUCCGUUGCCACGGUGACCGUGGACGUGGUGUCCCUGGAAGACUACCAGCCCGUCUUCCUGAGCGCAGAGUACACGGCCCAGGUUCCCGAGUCUUUAGCCGUGGGCUCCGAGGUGCUGAGCGUGUCGGCCCUGACUAGAGACGGCUCGGGGCCCGAUCCCGUAGUCUACCGUAUCGUGUCCGGGAACGAGGACGGACGCUUCCUGCUGGAGCCAAAAACUGGCCUCCUGACCCUGGCUGCCCCGCUCGACUUUGAAAUUUCACGGGAGUUCUACGUCUCCGUGGAGGGCAGCCGAGGCCGGUCGGCCCUCCGCGACAUCACCAUGCUCGUCAUCAACGUGACGGACGUCAACGACAACGCACCCGCUUUUGGGCGGGGCGACUACAGUGCCGAAAUAUCUGAGGAGGACGCUCCCGGGAGCCUGGUGAUGAAGGUCACGGCUACCGACAUGGACGGGCCGCUCAACAGCCUGGUGCGUUACUCCAUCGUGAGCGGCGACCCGCUGCGGCAGUUCGCCAUCCACCCUCGGAGUGGCGAGAUCACCGUAUGCGCCGGAUUGGACCGAGAGGAGCUUCCUCAUUACUCUCUAACGGUGCAGGCGGCCGACGAAGGUCAUCCUCCUCUCUCGUCCGCCGUCCUCGUCUCCGUCACCGUGGUGGACGUCAACGACAACCCGCCCCUUUUCUCACGAGUCGAACACAGCCUGCUGCUACAGGAGGGCGAGUCGGUGGGGAGCGGCGUCCUCCAGCUGGUGGUGACGGACAAGGACACGCCCAGGAACGGACCGCCGUUCUCCUUCCACAUCGUCAGCGGCAACGAGGACCGCCGCUUCCACGUGGACCAGGGGGGCCUCUUGUCCCUGUCGGCCCCCCUCAGGAGGAAAACGAAGGCUCAGCAUCGACUGAAGAUUCAGGUGACGGACAGCGGCCACCCUCCGCUCUCGUCCAUCUGCGUGGUCACCAUCAACGUCACCGAGCAGAGCAAGUACCCCCCAUCGGUGGUCCCCUUGGAGGUCUUCAUCACCACCGCCGAGGGUUUCUUUACGGUUGCCAACCGCCUCAUCGGUCGCAUUCACGCUUCGGACCAGGACCCACAGGACGUGCUUUCCUACCAGCUGGUCUCCGAGGACCCACCCGGGUUGCGAUUCUCGGUAGACCGAGCUGACGGUAAAAUCUGGGCAGAUGAAAACCUGGACCAGGGUUCCUACUCGCUGAAUAUCAGCGUAACAGACGGCAGGUUCAGCGUCUGGACCGGGGUUAAAGUUCACGUAUGGGUGGCCACUCAGAGGGCGCUGGAUUCGGGUUUGACUCUGCAGCUGGACGGGGUCUCGCCUGAGGUUUUUUUGGGCGACCACUGGAGGGGUCUCCAACGAAGCCUGGGACUCGGACUGGGUUUCCCCAGGCAGGAACUUCACCUAGCUAGCCUGCAGCUGCUCCCUGACGCUCGGAUUCUGGAGGUUCUUCUCGUCUGGAGACCAACAAAUGGACUCAUCCGGUCUCUACCAACCAAUAGGCUGGCAGGAAUCAUGUCGGAUAUUGAAGACUCCCUGGGACUGAGCGUCGUGGGGUUGAGCCACAAUGGCUGUCUGGGUACCGGGUGUCCGCCACGAGGAUGCCGGAACGCCGUCCACUUGACGGGCGACACGAUAACCCACUUCAGCACCGCCAGAGUGGCGUACAUCACGCCGCGGCACAACUGGGAGGGCGUCUGCGCCUGUAACGAAUCGGCUCUGAGGUUCACAGAGCAGUCCUACCUCAAGUACCUCCACGGGAUGGAUGAAGACCAGCAGGACUUCACGCUGGCCCUGAGCUUCAGAACCUUCCGAGAAGAAGGUCUGCUCAUGUUGGCCAACGGAACAGACUGGGGAAGCUUGCAGGUGAGCGGCGGCCAGCUUCACUUUGUCUUCAACUGCGGCGUCCUCGCCUUCGCCGCCGGACGUGUCGCGUUGAGGUCACAUGCCGUGUCGGACGGCCGUUGGCACAGAGUCCUGCUGGAAGUCCGACCCGCGUCCUUGAAGCUGACCUUGGAUAAGCAUCCCCCAGUGUCUACUGACUUGGCGGCGCCUUGCCGUAUGAUGCGCCACAACGGCGCUUUGUUGUUUGGUUCAAACCACCGCCAGGACGCCGCACGUCAUGGGCAUCGACCGCAAAGUUUCGAUGGAUGUUUGAACCACCUGGAAGUCAACGGUGAACCAAUUGAAGCGAAGGAUGCAUCAGAGUGGGCGGGACCCGGCAACCGAAGAGUUUUUGGCGUGUAUGAGUGCUGCAGCGUGGGCGCCGUCUGCGACGACAACCCGUGCCAAAAUGGCGGCGCCUGCCAGGAGGACACCAACGGCGAAGCUCUCUGCAAAUGUGUGGGACUCUUCCACGGCUCGCGUUGCGAACGGGGCGACAACCCGUGCGCCUCCCAGCCGUGCACCCACGGCCGAGUGUGCGUGCCCAAAGACCAAGGCUACAUGUGCAACUGCUCGCUGGAGAGCGCCGACGCAGGGUGUCACAAUCUGGUGGACGUCUGCUCUCCCAAUCCGUGUCCCGGAGGUUUCCACUGCAAACUAUCUGACGGUUCCUUCCACUGUGACCCCCUGCCUCAGGUGUCUCCCGUGGUGGGCUACGUGGAGAUCAUGGAGAUUGGCGGCAGCGUGCUGGGCCUGCUGUUGCUAGUCGGCAUUUUUGUUUGUGUCAGAAAACGUCACGUUCAGCAGAAGAAGAAGAAGAAGGCCGUCUGCGUUCAGGACUCCAACGGUUACUUCCCGUCCAGUUUGGCCAAGAGCCUGAAAGCCGGCGACCAGGACGCCCCCCCCAUGGAGCUCAACUCCAUGGGGGUUCCCACCAACGACCUGGACCACUCGCCCUUCAGGUCACUGCGCCCGCGAAGCCACCUCAGCCCAGGGGUGGCGGUCUCUUCCAAUAAAUCUCACAGUCCGGCGGUGUGCAGCGUGGCCCCCAACCUGCCCGUCAGACCUCCAUCCAGCUCUGACAACGACUCGGUCAAGAAGAACCUCUGGGACCUGGACUAUGAAGUCUAUCCCGCCGAUCCCGAUUAUUUUGGCCGUCCAGCCGUACAGGAGUUCCCGCAGUUCGAUAUCGUAGAGGACGCCUACUCGUCCUCCAGCAUGGACUCGCGCAGGAACUCCCGAUUCGGCGGUUUCCCCUUCCCUCUGGAGCGCUCGGAUCGCCGCGCCCCGUUACCGCCCUGCUACAGCACACAGAAUCUGGACCACUUCCUGGGUCCCGAUGGCGUUCCGCUUCCGAGAUCGCAGUGUCCUAAUGAAUUCACGGCUGUCAGUUACUACCCGCCGUCGUCGCACGGACGCUCCCAGGAGAACACGCCCGUUGGUUACAAGAGAAUGAGCGUGCGGCUCAGUGUAGCCACGCCUUCCUACGCAGAGCAGAUACCAGUCGCCGCCGACGGCGCCAAUGUGGCGCAGCCUCAGACUCGCCCGAGCGAAGCCAGCACGCGGAGCUACGACGGCGGCAGCGCGGUGGAAAGCGACUACGGCAGCUGUGAGGAGGUCUUGUUUUAGGACGGCGAAGGCGACGUUACUUCCUCGUUCCUCGUUUUGAUGUUUUUCAUCAACGCUAGCAUUUUUUUGGGCUUUACAGGAAGUAGAAAAAACGGCAGUCGGCUAGUUAGGUCUGUGCGUGCCAUCGACAAUGGAGGCUGGAUCCUCCAUGCGAGCACGUUUUGUGAUUGGUUAGCGGUGUUCAGGCUCCGCCUCCGACUGUCGGCCAUUUUAAUUGUCGUAAACGUGCGUGAGGAAAAAAAAAUGUCAUUUUGAAAAUGAAGUGUUUGACUCUCCAUUAAAGUAAACUGGUCUUUUAUUUUGAAAUGCACUUCCUUGUCCAUCCAGGUGACUUCACUCAUAUUUUUCUUUUUUACUACCAAUUUAAAUUCCAUAUUUAAAUUGAAUUUCUAUUCAAAUAUAUAUAACUGACUUUCAAAAUAAAAGCCUCCAUGUUCCUUGUAUGAUUGUUCCAGAUGCUAACAAUAACAAAUACUUUUUCAUUGUUUUUUAUUUACGUUCAAAAGUUGUGUUUUUUAUGCCGAUGUGAAGUGUUGUCAUCUAAAGUUGUGUUGUUGUUGUGCAAAGUGUGUGCGUGUGCACACAAACACACACACGUUGUGUUGAACUGUGACGUUUUGAUCCCGAAAGUCUUUGGACUCCACUUGAAUGUAAAGCACGCUGAGUUUUUUUUUUUGCCUUUUUGAAAGUUUAUUUUUUUAGCCAAUGUUGAUGUGAUUUAUGACCAUGUUGUACAGACAAUAUAUGAAUAUAAAAAUAUAAUAAAGAUCAGCUCCUCCCUUC